AUGCCGUGUCCGAAGCACACCCUGAGGAUCGGUCGCGUCGAGCCGGCCGUGACUGCUCCUCACGUUCGUGUGGAGUGGGUCGCUGGAGUCGCCGGCAUUGUGGGGUUGGCACUCCCAUCGACCCUCAUGACCUCCUGCGAGGAGCUGCGGGUCAGUUCGACAGCUGGAGCUGUGUCGCCGGCGUGCGGCGGCCUGCCUCCGGAGGGCUACAAUAGUGCCAGUGAGGCGAAGGCGCGAGGAGGCGCCCUGAGGAUGGUGGCCCGGGUGGCCAAGCAGCGCGCGAUACAAGUGACGCGCCACUGGCAAGCGGUGGGGAUCCCUCUCGAGUCGCUCGGGAUGGAGCGCUUCCCCACGCUUGCCGCCUGUCAUGGGUGCGGCGGGUAA